AUGGAGAAUAAUUUGAUGGGAGGAUCAGUGUCAAGGCCCAUCAUAAGGAAUAAGGGGCUACUUUGUCUCACGCUGGCUGUCAUUUUGACCUUUUCAUGUGUGUUCACUUACCAUUCCACUUUUAAACAGGCUGCCUCACAACCGAUUUCUAGUAUGCACAGGAAUGCGACUUCAAAAAUGACAAGUUAUGAGGAUGAUUUGGCAAGGUUGAGACUGAAGUACCAGGCUCCGGUAAGUAUAUAUGAUCCAUAUCUUGGUAGGAAUAGGACAUUAUAUGGACGAUUUUUGCAUAUCACAGACAUCCAUCCAGAUAGACAUUAUGGGGAAAACAAUUCUAUUUCCAGGCUUUGUCACUAUCCGCCAGCCCAAUCUAGUAUUUUUGGGAGCGGUGACAACGACGUUGAUGAUCUGGCACCGAGAUUUGGUAAAGCAAUGGCUGGCUGUGAUUCUCCAAUGGAUUUGAUAGAUUAUACUUUAAAAUGGGUUCGAGAAAAUUUACGAGAUAAGAUAGACUUUGUCAUAUGGACGGGUGACAAUAUUCGUCAUGAUAAUGACAGAUCGAUUCCAAGAACCGAAUCCCGUAUUUUCGAAAUGAAUGAGAUUGUAUCAGGUAAAUUUCAUGAUCUUUUUUCAAAACAUGACAGUGACGAUCCAAGAAACCUAGAUGUUGCAGUCAUUCCGUCGUUGGGGAAUAAUGACGUUUUUCCACAUAAUUUGUUCUCUUUAGGGCCGACGUUACAAACUAGAGAAUUAUACAAGAUAUGGGAUGAUUUUAUACCACAAGAACAGCAAAGGACAUUUGAUAGAGUGGCAUCCUUUGUGAAAGAAGUAAUUCCUGGAAAAUUAGCCGUCAUUUCAAUCAACACGCUAUAUCUUUUCAAAUCUAAUCCUCUAGUUGAUAAUUGUAACGGGAGGAAGCAACCUGGCUACCAAUUACUUAUAUGGCUGGGGUACGUUCUUCAAGAAAUUCGAGAACGAGGCAUGAAAGUUUGGAUAAGUGGCCAUGUUCCACCUAUCCAAAAAAAUAUGGAUGAUAGUUGUUACAAUAAAUUUUCGGCAUGGACGUAUGAAUAUAGAGAUAUUAUCAUCGGUGGAGUAUAUGGCCAUAUGAAUUUGGACCAUUUUAUACCUGUUGAUGGGAAAAAAUCCAAGAAACGAAUUGAAAAAUAUUCUACGGAUGCUGAUAUACCUGUUCUACUCAAAACUGAGGAAGGGCACAAUACUGAAGUAUCAGCGUUUGAGAAACUUUUAAAUGAUAUCCAUUUAGAAGGAGCUCAACCAGUCAACAAGGAGGCAUAUAUGGAUGAUGUUAGAGAAACAAUCUAUAAUAAAGUACGAAAGAAAUUAGGUUCAAUAGACGAUAUCACCGCUAAAAGGAAAACAAAGGACGAUAUAUAUGAGCGAUACUCAAUUGUACAUAUUGCUGGAUCAGUGGUACCGACAUUCAAUCCAUCAUUUAGGGUUUGGGAGUAUAAUAUCACCGACUUAGUGGACGAUGUUAAAGCUCGAGAAAUUCGGCCCUGGAACGAGUUUUUCCGGAGUUUAGAAACUGAAUUAUUUGAAGAUUCUGGAAAUGGCGUCGAUAUAUUCAGUCUCGACAGGAAUAAAAAUGACAAGACGACCCCACCAAAGAAGCCUAAAGAUUUACCUUUAGGCCCUGCAUAUAUUCCGCAAUUAUUCACACCCACGAGCUUUGUCCAGUACUAUGCAGAUUUAGAAUCAAUUAACGAGCAUUACUUAAAGGAAGUAUCAGAUGGUGUUGCCCCUGAUGAGGCAGCUGAUAGCGUUUUCCAUUACGAUGUAGAGUAUACUUCAGUAGAUGAAGGUUUUGAUAGCAAAUCUCUAUUAGUGGGUGAUUAUUUAGAGUUUGCAGCAAAACUAAGCAAAAAAGAGAAAUUGUGGGGAGCAUACAAGAAAAGAGCAUUCAUAUCAUCUGGAUAUAAAGAUGAAUGA